AUGAAGCUCACCUCGGCCUUCGUCGUCCUCGCCGCCCUCUCGGGCGCCUUCGCCGCGCCCACCACCGAGUUCUACGCCAACUCCAAGGUCCAGCGCGACCUCGGCCUGCAGAAGAUCCCGCUCACCCGCCCGACCAACUACGUGCCCAACAUCCAGAAGGCGAUCGCGAAGGCUAUCGCCAAGUACGACCGCCGCUCGUUCCGCUCCGGCGGCGGCAGGGCCAACGCCACUGCCGAGACGUACGACGACGCGUGGAUCACGCCUGUGAGCAUUGGCACACCGCCGCAGGUCGUCAAGCUCGACUUUGACACUGGGUCUUCGGACCUCUGGGUCUUCUCGACCGAGAUUUCCCCCGCAUCCGACAGCGCCGGCCACAACCUGUUCGACCCCUCCAAGUCGUCCACGUUCGCCAACCUCGACGGUUACACCUGGGAGAUUGGGUACGGCGACGGCUCGGGCGCGAGCGGCGACGUCGGCACCGACACGGUCAACAUUGGCGGUGCGAUUGUCAAGACGCAGGCGAUCGAGCUCGCGCAAAGCGUCUCGGUCGAGUUUGUCAACGACACCUCGACUGACGGGCUGCUCGGCCUCGCUUUUGACAACAUCAACGAGGUGGACCCCGUCAAGCAGAAGACGUUCCCGACCCGCCUCGCCGAGGAGGGCACGCUCCCGUCCGGCUCGCAGCUGUUCACGACGGCCUUCUACUCUCAGCGCGAUGCCGAGCAAUCGUUCUGGACCUUUGGGUACAUUGAUCAGGACCUCGUGCAGGCGUCGGGCGAGGCGUUGCGCUGGACCCCCGUCAACCCCUCGCGCGGGUUCUGGGAGGUCCCGCUCACGCGCGUGACCGUCAACGGCAAGGCCACGUCCGUGUCGGGAUACACGGGCGUCGUGGACUCGGGCACCACGCUGCUCCUGGUCCCCGAGGCGUUCCGCGACGCGUGGUACAAGGCCAUCCCGGGCUCGGGGUACGACACGGACCCCGACUCGGGCCACAUCAGCUGGUGGUUCCCCAACUCUGCGCUCGACUCGCUGCCCGAGUUCAAGAUCGAGCUUGGCGGCACCCUGUGGACCGUGCAGCCCGAGAACUUCAUCUACGACUCGCGCGACGCCAACACGACGUACGGCUCGCUUCAGAGCAUCGACGGCCACCAGGCCAUCCUCGGCGACGUGUUCCUUAAGAGCGUGUACGCCGUUUGGGACACGGAGAACAAGCGCAUUGGCCUUGUGCCCAAGAUCCAGAAGAAGCAGAACCUCCAGCCCACGUCCACUGGUCCUCCCCCGUAG